UCAAAGGAAAACACGCGGCUGCUGACCGCACAGCCUUGAGCUUGGAAUUUCGAUAACACGCUUUUGAAAAACAUCGAUGAUCUCAGUCUUUUGAUGAAAAUAUCUCAGAGCGUCGAUAAGUAAACCCGAAUAAAAAAAGCAACAAAAUGCCCAGCAUCAAGUUACAAACGUCGGAUGAGAAAAUCUUCGAUAUUGACAUCGAGGUUGCCAAACGCUUCGGACUGAUUCAAACCAUGUUGAAUUGCUGUGACGAGAAAAGUGAUGAGAAUGACAUUGUGCAGCUGCCCAACGUAAAAUCUACGACCUUCGAAAAGGUAUUGAGCUGGGCAAAACAGCACAAGGACGAUUUGAAGACAACGGAAGAUGACGAGUGCAACGAGGAUAGCACGAAGGAAAUUAGCUCUUGGGAUGCCAAAUUCCUGGAAGUCGACAACGGGACUUUGUUCGAGAUCAUUCUCGCUGCCAAUUAUCUAGAAAUCCCGGAACUGUUGCAGCUUACAUGCAAGGCGGUGGCUAACUCGAUCAAGGGCAAGUCUCCGGAUGAUAUACGCAAAUUCUUCAACAUCAAGCAAGGCUCUUCGAUCGCCACACAUAAUAUGCCGGAUGCAGAGGAAAAACAGGGCCUUAUUUAGUUACUAUUCUCAACUCAUUUACAUUUUUUGUAUUGGUUUAUAAUCUUUCGUAAACUCUGAAGUUUUUAAUUUGAUCCGGGGCAAGCGUACUUCGCAUUUAAUCUCAUGUAUAUAUGCCAAAGAACACAUUGAUUAAUAUAUUAAUAAAUAUGAACUCCAUCAA